UUCCCGGAUAAUUUCUCAAAGUCUCCCAGUCAGGCCGGCCGCAGGGCUGAGCGGCGAGGCGCGGGCGGCAUUGUGGGAAAGCUGGAGCGGGGCGCACAUUAGUGGCAGCGGUCGGCGCGCGAAACCCGGACUGAGCUUGUCCUCCGCGGAGCAGAGCGAGACGGGUCUCCAUUCCACCAGGCGCUCAUGGCACUGUGCAACGGGGACACCAAGCUGGAGAUCGCUCGAGAACCCAAGGAGGGGCCGGGCCCUUACGAGGGGGCGGUGGUCAUCCUGGACGCUGGGGCCCAGUACGGGAAGGUCAUCGACCGGCGCGUGAGAGAGCUGCUCGUCUGCUCCGAGAUCCUGCCGAUCGAGACCCCAGCCUUCGCCAUCAGGGAACAGGGCUUUCGCGCCAUUAUAAUAUCAGGAGGACCAAACUCCGUUUAUGCUGAAGACGCACCUUGGUUUGAUCCUGCCAUUUUUACCAUUGGGAAGCCAAUUUUGGGAAUUUGUUAUGGGAUGCAGAUGAUGAACAAAGUCUUUGGAGGCACUGUUCACAGGAAAAGCGUUCGAGAAGAUGGAGUCUUCAGUAUCAGUGUGGAUAACUCCUGUUCCCUUUUUAGAGGCCUUCAGAAGGAGGAGCUGGUGUUACUGACCCACGGAGACAGUGUGGACAAGGUAGCUGAUGGAUUCAAGGUGGUGGCGCAGUCUGGAAACAUUAUAGCAGGAAUCGCUAAUGAGCAGAAGAAGCUUUAUGGCACUCAGUUUCAUCCGGAAGUAGAUCUCACGGAACACGGCAUGGAAAUGCUGAAGAACUUCCUGUUUGACAUCGCUGGCUGCAGCAACAACUUCACAGUGCAGAACAGAGAAGAGGCCUGCAUACGAGAGAUCAGGGAGAAAGUGAACAUGUCAAAAGUUCUGGUGUUGCUGAGUGGGGGUGUGGACUCCACUGUGUGCACAGCCCUGUUGAACAAGGCCUUGAAUCAGGAGCAGGUUAUAGCGGUGCACAUAGACAAUGGCUUCAUGAGGAAGAGGGAGAGCCAGACAGUGGAAGAGGCUUUAAAGAAGCUUGGUAUCAAUGUUAAAGUGGUAAAUGCAGCUCAUACGUUCUACAACGGGACCACAACACUGCCAAUUUCAGAAGAAGACCGAACCCCCAGAAAGCGAAUCAGUAAGACCUUAAAUAUGACCACGAACCCGGAAGAGAAGAGGAAAAUAAUAGGCGACACCUUUGUCAAGGUUGCGAAUGAAGUUAUUGGGGAGAUGAAUCUGAAACCAGAGGAAGUAUACCUCGCUCAGGGCACGUUGCGACCUGAUUUAAUUGAAAGUGCGUCGAUCAUUGCUAGCGGAAAAGCCGAAGUCAUCAAGACGCAUCACAAUGACACGGAGCUUAUUAGGAAGCUAAGAGAUGAGGGAAAGGUAAUCGAACCGCUGAAGGACUUCCAUAAGGAUGAGGUGAGAGCCCUGGGCCGAGAGCUGGGGCUGCCUGAAGAUAUUGUUUCAAGACAUCCGUUCCCAGGUCCAGGACUGGCCAUUAGAGUGAUAUGCGCCGAUGAACCUUAUAUUUGCAAAGACUUUGCAGAGACGAACAACAUCUUGAAAAUAGUAGCCGACUUUUCAGCCAGUGUUAAAAAGCCACACACCCUGUUACAAAGAGUAAAAUCUUGUGUGUCCGAAGACGAGCAGGAGCGAUUAAUGCAGAUUACUAGCCUACAUUCACUGAAUGCCUUCCUAUUGCCAAUCAAAACUGUGGGAGUCCAGGGGGAUUGCAGAUCGUACAGCUAUGUGUGUGGAGUUUCCAGUAAAGAUGCCCCUCACUGGGAAUCUCUCAUAUUUUUAGCCAGACUCAUCCCACGCAUGUGUCACUCAAUCAACAGAGUCGUGUAUGUGUUUGGACCACAAGUCAAAGAGCCUCCUACAGACAUCACCCCCACCUUCUUAACGACGGGGGUCCUGAGCACGCUCAGACAAGCUGAUUUUGUCGCCCACACUCUCCUUAGGGAGUCAGGCUUCUCGGGGAAAAUCAGCCAGAUGCCCGUUAUCCUGACCCCUCUGCACUUCGAUCGGGACCCGCUCCAGAAGCAGCCCUCGUGUCGCAGGUCCGUCGUCAUCCGCACCUUCAUCACUAGUGACUUCAUGACCGGCAUCCCUGCCACGCCGGGCAACCACAUCCCCGAGGAGGUGGUCCUGAAGAUGGUGAACGAAAUCAAGAAGAUUCCCGGGAUCUCCAGAGUGAUGUACGACCUGACCUCCAAGCCCCCAGGGACCACGGAGUGGGAGUAAGGCUGUGGUCCGGUGGUGGCCGGUGCCUUCAGGCUACCCUCUGAAGAACAUUCCCAGUGUUGACAGGCAGUACUGUGACAAGCGGGCACUGAUGGCCGCUGCAUCACACCAGGUCUUUCUCCCCUUUCCCUCCCCUCGCCCCUCCCCUCUCUGUGGCCUCGAUCUUGAAAUCUCCCCACGUCUGCAGAGGAUCACAGUCGUUGGUGCUUGAGCAUCCCUACGGGUAACGCAAGGCGCAGCAUCAGAGAGCAGCAAAGCAAAAGGGGGUCUGAGUGUCUUUUGGCCUUUGUAGUCACUUCUGUUGCUUUUCCCCCUCCCCCAUGUUUAUCAUUUGUUCUUGACUGUCCGUUUGCUUGCACAGUGCUAGUUACCACCACUAUAUCAAGGAAGCGUUAGGGAUGUGACCAAUUUAUUUUUAACCAUUUAAUGUAUGUCUUGCCAAAACAUGAGAAACUAGUGCAAUUGUCCUGGUUCUAUUUUUUUUUGUUGUUGUUGUUUUCAAGGAGUUCGUCGUAUUUAUACGGGGCUUAGAGCAGUUGAAAGAAAUCUCAUCGGGUUUUGUUUUUUUUUUAAAUGAGGGGCAUCCUGAGACAGGAUGUUAGUGCCUGUUCCCUUGAGGGAAGAUCGCAGUCUGCCGCUUGCACUGCCUUGUAAGUGCUUUUGAAAUAAAUGAAAAAAAAUGGGGAGAAGAGGGGGUAACAGUCAGUGCAGUUUCUGUCCUUAUAGAGAUGUACAUCCUCAAAAGUGCAGGAAAGUUUCAGCAUUGUAUACAGAGUAACUUUGCAAACUGUGUUGUUCUGUUCUGCCAAUUUCUUGGGGGCUUUGGAGUGGAGUCGCAGGAUAUUGUCAAGAUAUUCUGUGUCCUUGUGGAUUUGACGGUGGGAGGCAGAAAUAGUUCUGAGUUUUGUUUCAAGAUGUUAUUCUGUCUGUGCAGUAGCCUGCUAGUUAUAAUUUUGUGCUGCUCCAGAAGUAUAUUGUGUCACCUGCUCCUUUUAAGGUAUUUUUUUGUUGCAGUUGCUCUGCAUUGAGUAAAAAUCUCAUUUCAGCUGGUUGAAAGUGAGGUUGAAAAACUGUUUACCAGGGAUAUUCCGUUAAUCAGGCCUUUGCAGGCUACUAUUCUGGCUCAAAAUGUGCAAGGCAGACGAUUUUAUUGUAAUCUCAGAGCUAUUUAUUUCUUUUUUCUUUUGGUUCAACUGUUCUUCUGAUAUUGGCAAAACUGAACAAUGCAAGAUCAGAUUCUUCUGUGUCUUAAAUGCAAAAUGUUCAUACAGUUCUGUCGUUCACUUUUUUUUAAUGUAUAUUUUACAUAACAUCCUCUUAGGAAACAACAGCUUGUAACUAAUGGAUGUUUAUUUUGGUAGUUGGGUUUAAUUGCAAUAUGAAACCAAUUUUGAGCUUAAUUUAUGCAAUCCCAUGUAUGACAGACUCUCUAAUGUUUUUUAAAGAAACAUUUGCUUUUUCCUUAGUAAUGUGCCUCAAAAAGAAAAGGUCCACUGCAUGCAGUUUCAACAUCAAAAUUUGUAUAAUGAGAAAUAAGCUUUAAUAAAUAAGUCCAUGUUAAACCUUGA